ACCACCUUUCUCUCUGUCUCAUCACCUUCUUGCGGCGUCGCUGCCACCCUCCUUCGGCGGAGCAGGAAGAAUGGGAUUCUUCAGGCUGGUGACGGGGCUGCCGGGUCCGAGCGGGUUCGGAUCCGCUUCCACGGCCGAGCAGGUCACCGCUGGCAUUGACGCCUCCAACCUCACCGUCAUCAUCACCGGAGGUGCAAGCGGGAUCGGCACAGAGACCGCGAGAGUUUUUGCGCUUCGAGGAGCACAUGUCAUCAUUGCUGCAAGGAACUUGAAGGCUGCCGAUGGCGCAAAGCAACUCAUCCAGCGAACUGCUCCAGCAUCCCGAGUCGACAUCUUAGAGCUCGAUCUGAGCUCGUUGAAGUCCGUGCGAGCCUUCGCAGAUAAAUUCCUUUCCAUGGAUUUACCUCUCGACAUCUUGAUAAACAAUGCCGGUGUGAUGUUCUGUCCCUAUCAACUCUCCCGGGAUGGAAUCGAGAUGCAGUUUGCUACGAAUCAUCUGGGUCACUUUCUGUUGACGAAUCUUCUACUCGAGAAGAUGAAAAGCACAGCGAAGAAGACAGGAAUGGAGGGUCGCAUCAUAAAUCUAUCAUCGAUAGCUCACAAGCAUACAUACAAGGGAGGAAUAUGGUUCGAUAAACUUAAUGACAAGGAUGUAUACUCGGAUAAAAAAGCAUAUGGACAGUCCAAACUGGCCAAUAUAUUGCAUGCAAAUGAGCUAUCUCGGCGCUUACAGGAAGAUGGUGCAAAAGUUACAGUAAAUUCUGUUCAUCCAGGUCUGAUCAUGACAAAUUUGAUGAGGCAUUCUUUCCUUUUAAUGCGGGUGCUAAAAGUAUUCAGUUAUGUCUUCUGGAAGAAUGUACCACAGGGAGCAGCUACUACAUGCUACGUCGCACUGCAUCCGAGCCUCAAGGGUGUGACCGGGAAGUACUUUUUCGACUGCAACGAGGAGAUGCCGAGUUCCUGGGCCAGAGACAAGAAGUUGGCGAAGAAGCUCUGGGACUUCAGCGAAAAGCUGGUUAAAUCAAGCCUAAGAGAUCUCCCAUAAAAUUGUUGAUAUUUCCCUACUAGCAACCUAUGACUGUAAGGUUUCAAUCUACCUUUCUUUCUUUCCUCCGAUUGCAUGCUGCAAAAUUGUUGAAGGUGUAACUAUAGUAAUCGGUUGUCUUCA